AUGCCCGAACAACCGUCUGCAUCUUUUGCCGAUUCAUGUACCAUACAUGAUUUUGAUGAACUACUGUCAUUAGAUGAUAUAUUUGUUGAAUAUUUUAAUGAAUUUCUUCGUUUGGGUACGUUUGUACAAAAACUUGAAUAUAAUCGCGAAUUAAAUACUUUUAUUGAGAAAAUUUCCGAUAACCUAUUGAAUACAAAUAAUGAGCAACUUCUUAUUGGUGAUAAUGUUAAAAAAACAGGUGAUACCGAUACUAAUAGUCUUUAUAGUGGUUUUUCGGACAUCAUACAAUUAGAUGAAGUACCCGAACAAACGAAAAGACGCCAUGCAAAUUCGCAAAAAAUUCAUCAAUCACAAAUCAUGGAUUGGGUAAAAACUGAACGCCUUGGUCUUUUUUGGCGUACUGAAUUCUAUCGACAAUAUAAAUUAUGUAAACUUAUACUACGACCAAUAGCUAAUGAAAAUGAACCAUCUGAAUAUUCUAGUCAAGGUAUCGGUGGUUAUAGUCGACAAAGUGUUUAUACGGCUGCUCGAACACUUUCAACAGAUAAUUCAAAUGGACACGGUAUGGCGCAAACAGCAACACUUGAAGAAGACGAAGAACAACAAGAUUUCGAGCAGAAUGAACAAUUUGCUAAUGCAAAUAUUACGUUUGAAAAUAAUAUUAUGGUAUCAGAAAUUUUACGCAUGCCAAAAGCUUUUUUAAGACCCGGUAGUCGAGCUUAUUCUGUACCAGCUAAUUUAGUUAGUUGUCUUGCGAUAUUUUUUCCAAGUCUACAACCAAGACAACUAGGAAAAAUGUCAAAACGAUCAUCAAGUUCGAAAACAAGUCAACGAAAAUCAUUACCAAGAGAUAAUGAAGAUAAUUCAUCCGACGAUCCAAAUGAUCCAAAUAGUUUAUCGAUGUAUAGUAGUGUUAAAAUGAAAUAUUUUGAAGAAACAGACAACGAAGAUGAUAAUAAUGAUAUUGGAGAUUUCGGUUUAGAAAUACAAAGUUCAAGUAAUCAACUGAAAUAUAAAUAUCUCGGGUCAUUCCAGGGCAUGCAAUCAUUUGUUCGUUUUCUUCAAACAACCAAAGGUGGUUAUGAUCUUUAUCGUUUUUGGAUGGACUGUGAAUUUUUCAAAGAUACAAUGCUUGGCCUUGAUCAAGUAGAAAAUGUUGUUGCACGUACACGUUUAUUUCGAGAUUUAAACGAUGGUAAAUACCAUUUACCAUUUAUGCGUCAUCUACAAAAUAAAAUUCGCCGCGCUUAUUCGGAUACAUCUGGAAUAUUGACACACGAUGUUUUUCUUCAAGUACAAUAUGAUGUUUUACGUCGUCUUCGUAUGUAUUGGUCAGCUAGGUUUAUUAUUCAUCGAUUAUUUCAAGAUCAUCAUCCACCUUUACGUCUUCCAAUAGACAUGACACAACCAGCAAAUGUUUGUUUAUAUCCAAUCGAUGAGAGAGCUCGAGGCAAUCUCAUUGAAAUGACACGAGCAUUUCUUUCGGAUGAUUAUACAACCAAUGAAAAGAUUGUUUCAAAUGAGGAAAAUGAAGAAAAUGAAGAUGAAAUUGAAAAAUCAUUUAAUGAUUUAUUUAUGCGAAAAUAUCUAACUAUUAUUCGACAAGACAAGCAAGCCGGUGGACUUUUUCUUCGAUAUGUUACAUUUAAAGAACGUCUAUUGUUACCAUUGAUGCUAUUUUGUUAUGAUGUUGACGAUUUUCGUUAUUCAAAUGUCGAAGACAAAAUUCUUGAAAGUCAACAUGGCCUAUCGAUUUUAAAUACUUAUUUUGGUAAUUCAGCUAAGUUAUCUCUGGAUAAUUUUAUGCCAGAUAUUCAAAUUAAGAAAUGGAUUGAAACAUUUCAUAAUUAUAAAUUUGAUAAACUUACAUUCGAACCAUUAUUUAAACGGGCAUUACUAAUAUUAAAAGAUGCUUGGCUACGUUGUAUAAAAGAGGAUGUCGAUCGUUUUACGGCUGCCUAUUAUCUCACAGCAUCGCCCACGCCGUCCAUCAUUGGAAGUGACGAGGAUGAGGACGAAGAAGAUGAAGAUGAAGGUGAACAACAUGGUGAACAACAAAAGCGAGUAGUGCCAACUUCAAAGAAACAAAUGCCACGAAUGUGUUCUCCCAACACAGAAAUUCAAGUAUCGCACGAUACGAUUUAUAUAAAACGUCCAUGGUUAACUCGUUUUGUGCCAUCGGCACCCACAGAAAGACAAGAACGUUUUAUGGAAGCCUUAGAAAAUGCCAUGACGGAUGAAGAACGACAACGUUUACGCGCUGAAAAACUCGAACGAUUACGUAAAAUAGAAGAAAAUCGCAAAAGAGCUUUGAAAGCAGCACGAGAACGACGAUUAAAACAAGCACAAGAAAAAUCAGCAACAACAAAUAGUGAAAAAACCGCUCAAAUGCGUCGACGUGAAACAGGAGUUUAUAUUGAUCGAGUCUUACCUAGUAAAACCGCAACGAUGACAAAAGAUUCUCAACGGUUAUUCUUGACUGAUUUCCAACAUUUUACAAAGUCAAGCGCAACAGCACCAACAAAAUUCGAGCAGAAGCUAAAUUUUAUAUUUGAAGUUAUCAAGUGGAUGGAAGCAACAAAUUCAUAUGAAAAACAACAACAACUUGAUCGUUUAAGAAAAACUUAUUUUGAUGUCAACUCAAAACGAAGUAUUCUUCCCCUGAGCGAUGAACAAUCCGAAAUAUUAGCUAUCAAUGACGGUCGUCCAGAUUCACAAUUCAUUCAAAAUGUUUAUCGUGAAAUUCAUAAUGCGUUUGAAGAUGAGUUUGUUCGUUAUUGUAAUGAACGUAUACAAGAAUUUGAAAUUGACUCCAUAGAUGAUUUUCUCUCAAAGUCCUACGAUGAAUUAACCAUAUUAUUUAACGAUGUAAAUGAUGGCAGGAGAGGAGGUGGUGAUGACGAUGAUAUGGGUGCAUUAUUUGAUCCAGAUGUUGAAGCAUUAGCAUCCAACAGUGAUGGUACCGGUAAGACAACAAAAAAACAUUAUGUUGAAUUAUUGCAAUUAAUAACCGAUGCUACUAUGGGUCGUUUUAAUGAACGCUUCUACUAUUUCUAUGCCUAUUUAACACAUUGGGUAGAUGAAAAAAAAGCUCCAUAUAUAGAUCAAGAUUUUUUGUUUUGUAUUGAUGCUAAUCGUAUAAAAGAAAUAUCAAAUGAUUUAAUAUUACAAGCAAAAGUUCGUUAUGUUCUUGAAACAUAUUUUGAAGCUAAUGUAACAUCAAAUGCUUUUAAUUGCCGUCUCGAUUUUACCAAUACUGAUUUACAAACACGUAUUGUACGUUCAUUACAAAAAUAUUUAACAUCAAAUGUUAAUGAUUUUCCAUCAUUAGAAGAAGCACGUACAGUGCUAAUUAAAGAAAAACUUGUUUAUUAUUAUGCAGGUUUUAAAGCAUAUUUAUUUCGUAUGAAUUUAAUUAAAACACAUCCAUCGCGUCUUGCUCGAUUGCAAGAACAAUUAAAUCUUUAUCAGCAACAGCAGCGUGCUAAUAAAUCAGCUAAAACGACUACACGUUCGUCUGCGUCAACAAAUAAAAAUUCAUCAUCUAGAAAAAACGUAACAGUCAUGUCAAAAACUCAUCCUAUACCGCCAUCAACCCCAGUUGAUUUAACAACUAUGACGAAAACUCAACGUAUACUUAAUGAAAGAAUGAAAACAUUUGACGCAAUUCCACCAAAUAAAGUUAAUGAUAUAUUUUUUCCAGUUAUUAAUAAAACAACACGACAACGAUCUCCCACGAAUAAUGGCAAAUCACGUAGUACGCAUAAUCAAGAUACGCACACGACGCAUGCAGAAAGUAUGAACAGUUUUAAAGAAAAACCUCGCGGACCUGUUCUAGUUCAAUAUACAUUAACAAGUGGAAUUAAAGUAAAAUAUUCCGAUGGAAAACCUUUUGAAGAAAGUGCUAAUGCAGCUGGUGGUGGCGCACAACCACGACAUACGAGUGGCGCUUAUUCGAUUGGAAGCGGUAAUGAUUGA